CCCACGCGGAGAAGCAGGCAGGCUUUAAUAUCUGAGGUUCAUUUCAAGCUAUGCCUGCUAGCAAUUCUCUGCCUGCAAUUCUCUGAUUUCUGUGCACAGAAAGGCUGACCUCACCUGCAUAAAAACAAUGAGGAAGCACGUGUUGGCUAAAAGCUCGUGCAGCCUGAGUUUGCGUGCGUGUCCGAGCGCUGACAUCUCUGUUGAUGUUCUGCUUGCAGGAAUCAUGGUCAGUAAGGAAUCCGGCAAAGGUGUGCUCACUGCUUCCGAGACUGAAGUGGAACCGGCUGCCUCGCUGGCCCUGGAGAUGAAAUAUGCCCUGGACCCUAAUCGGCAGAUUAAAAAGCGGAACAAAGCACUGCAGGUGCGGUUUAAGGAUAUCUGCGAGGCACAGAACGAGCAGAGGGACACACAGCUCUCCACGGGACCGCAGGGAGAGCGGCAGGAGGCCAAACCCGUGUCGCACAAAGCGGCCUAUCGCAAGUACAUGACCGUGCCCGCCCGCAGGUCCAUCCCCAACGUCACCAGGAGCACAGGUGUGCAGACCUCCCCGGACCUCAAGAAGUGCUACCAGACCUUCCCCCUGGACCGCAAGAAGGGGGGCCUCAAGAGCUUCCCAGGCGCAGAUCCCUUUAAAAGUCAGAACAACGGGUUUCUCCUUGAUGCAAAGGAGAAGGGCGAGGGGAAGGCCCCCGGGGAGGCCGGGCCCUGUGGGGUGGCCCGGGUUCAGACGGCGGCCUUGGUGUUCCACUCAAGUGAACACAUGAACGCGGUGGACCGGCCUUCAGGCCUCAACUGCCCCGAGCCUUGUCAAGACCUCGAUUUGCACAGUUGUCGAGACACCCCUCUCCAGCAUGUGGCUUGGGCUCCUUCGGAAGACGCAGAUUCCCAGUUGCAUGGGAGAGCAAAGCGUGACCGAGGGCCACCGGAAGCCGAGGAGCGCGCCCCAGUGGCCCACGGGAGGGUGUUUAAGACGGAGGUGGCCGCAGUGUACGCGCCUGCCCCCGGCACACAGGCCCCUGAGCGGGUCUUGUCCGUCUCCACGGCCACCAGUGAGUGGUCCCUCUGCCCAGCGGACGAGGAGCGCAGGAGAGCUGCGCAACUCAAUGGACUGCAGGCCCCCCCAGGCGCCGCGCUGGCCUGCCUGCCCCCCGCACAGUGCCCGUCCCCUGAAUGUGGCGAGCCGUCCCUGCAGACUCAGCUCCCUGCCAGGGAGGAGACCCAGCCUGGUCAGACGGCGCUGGCUGCUGGCGAAGAAUACCAACAAAUUGUGCCUCACACGGAAGUGGUGGACCUGAAAGCACAGCUUCAGAUGAUGGAGAACUUGAUCAGUUCAAGUCAAGAAACCAUCAAAGUGCUCUUGGGGGUCAUUCAGGAGUUGGAAAAAGGAGAGGCUCAGCGGGAAGGGCUUUCCUAUCGGACUGGGCAAGACACAGCUAACUGUGACACAUGCAGGAACAGUGCAUGUAUUAUCUAUAGUGUGGAGCUAGAUUUUAAGCAGCAAGAAGACAAACUCCAACCAGUUCUGAGGAAACUCCAUCCUAUUGAGGAAACUCAGGUUGCACCUUCGCCUUAUUCUCAGGAGACUUACUCCUCCACUCCCAAGCAAAAAUCCAAAACUGAAUCUAAAAAGCAUGGAAGAUGGAAACUCUGGUUCCUUUGAAACUCCGAGUGUUUGGAGUCUAAAGGCCGUCUUUAAAACCCACCGAAGUGAAGUAAAUCCUUUUCCGAGAUGAAUAGGAUUGAGUGAACUGUGGUGCUGCCUUGGCCAGCACCAUGUUCUUACCCUGCGUACCAAAAAGGUCUUUGUAACCAACAGAUAAUUCACAGAAGCAAGGUAGCACACCCAUACCUUGCCAGCUGUUCUUUGCAGUUCGCUGGCGUAGGAUGUAAAACUGGAAAUGAAACUUACGUAAUCAAAGACGACGAGUAAAAACUCUAUUCCCCUCUCCCCAGACCUGCAAGUAUCAUAUUAUCAACCUGCAGAAGGACAGGCUGUCACUCUACACACAGCUGAAACUCACAGUUAUUUUCAAGCCUUUAUUUUAUUUUUUAAAUGAGAAGAAAAAGCAAGCCUUAUGUUUGCAACGGACUUCAUUUUUACGUUUAGUUUUGCAAAUAAGCAGGGGGUGAGUGCGGUUUUCAGCACAUCAAAUUCUGGAGAAAGCACAAUUUUUCAUGUGGUCGGAGACCAUGAAUAAUCUCUCAAAUGUGACAAUAUGUAUAUUUGCCUUCAUGUGCUGUAGCGCUAAGCCAAGUGACCACAUCUCCAUGUCACCGUGACACCUCAAAUUCAGCAUCCUCUUCAUUUCCAGACCUACGACAUGUUUACUGUUCAUUUUCCAAACGGCCAGCAGCCAAGAGUCCCCUACCAUCAGGACAUGCCUUUAAUCACUGCAGGUGGACAGGGUCAGAGCUAUGGAACGCUAAGCUUUCUUAGAUCUCAUUUUUAAUCUUCUGGCACCCAAAGGCCAAAUGAUAAAUUCUGUCAAGAAUUGGAAAACACACAUAGAGAUACACAACAGAUAACCCCGUUACCAAUAAAUUGCGAGCGCUCUGUGCCACCGCAGGAAGCGUUUCUGUGGCUCAAUCUUUGGAGACAUGGUACACCACUGUAAGUUCAGCCAGACGUUUUUAUAUAAUUCGUCACGGUGUGUAACAACUCUUGAAGACCCAGGCCUCUCAACGAGUAACAAUGUGUUUAGUUUAGCUGCUACAAAAGAACAUACUCAAUGUCACCUACCAAUAACCUACUCAUAAGUUGUACUAAACGACAUUCGUAGGGGAAAGCUGUGAAUCAAAUGUUUUUAGGUAUUUUUUAAAUAAACAGUGACACUUAGAAUUCUCUCUUGAUUACACAUUGCACUGUAAAUCUUAGUUCCUUUAUUUUUUCACUCAUUCCUUUGCACCUUUGCAAGUCUCUUUUUAUAGAAAUCCAAAGUCCCUGGUCUACUGAUGGCUCUGUCUAUCAAGUUUUUGCUUUUCAUAAUAGUAAGUAUGACUCUUAUGUUGCCUUUUUUUGUACAACUUCAAUUUUGAAUAGUUUGUGAACAUACAAGGACACCUAGUCUUCAAGUUUCUGUCCAGCAGUUUUGUGUCUAAUCCAGUGCUGACGUGUACAACUCAUUGAUUAGAUGCCAAAAAAAUUAGUGGCUCCCCUAGGUGAAUGGGCCUCAAUGUGCAUUUUUCAGAUUUGAGCUAGUUCUUGCCGUACAUGUUCCUCCUGACUCAACAGCUAGUCCAUUUUCGUUCUAAGUGUUUGAAUUCUACCAGGACCUAGGGGUCAGCAAUCAGAAUUGAACUUGGAAAAAACAGAGGAGCAAAUCAUUGUAAGCAUUCUUCAGGGGUUAUUCAAACUAUACUGUAGAUGUACGCUUUCAUAAGAAAACAUCCUUGGUGGUUGCGCCAUACGAGGGCGCCAAUCCUUGAGUAUCAGUCGACAGGACUGAGAAGUAUCUUUCGUGCAAGAGUUAAGGAUGAGGAAGUUGAUUCCAUAGGUGAAGGAAGUGCAACUGUUACAAUGUAGACAAAACAUUUAAAACUGUGUUUCAGGUAUUUUCUACUGUUUUUAACUAAGUUAAAAAAAUGUUUGCAACGAUUUAUCCCUCCUUAUGUUUUAAGAAUCCCAGUGAUCUCGGUGAAUUGAAAGAAGGGUGUUAGCAGCUUUCUAAUUAGGAUUGUACACCUUUCUACGCACGGGGACACCAUACCAAUAGUAAAACGAAAUUAUGCUCCUCUUUCAAAGUAAUCAAAACCAAAAUAAUAAUAAUAAUAAUUUUUAAAGUCAAAAAGGAAACACUGAAAAUACACGACUUUCUCUUUAAAAAGAAUAUUACACCUAAAAGGAAAAAAAAUUUUUUUUUCAAAAGCACUCUGUAUCUUAACUGCAUUGUGUCACUAGCAGGUGAUUCUUCUCUUAGAAAGAGUUAAGUAAAAAAUGUGGAUCCAAAACCAAGGUAAAACGUGCAGUGUUCCUUCAUGUGUAGAUGUACACCUGGCAUUACAUAUAGAGAUUAAAUUAUUAUACUUGUCACUAAGUUCUUUAUUAAUUUUUAAAUAAAAAAAAAAUCAAAGGUAGCGUUUUGUGUCCCUUAUUGCAUGACCUCGAUAAUUCAGAGAAAUAAAAGGAUGUAA